AUGUCUGUAGUAACUGAGAAUACCCAACCUGCUGUCCAAGAACAAAAGGAAGAAAAGAAACCAAUUACUUUGACUCCGGCUCCAUUACCAACUAAUUCACCAUGGAAAACUGUUAACACUGAAAUUCCUGUGACUAGUAUCUCUAUUAAGGAUUUGGACUCUUCCAAGAAGAAAGUUAGAGCUCCAUCUCCUUUUAUCAAGACCACUGCCUCCACCAAAUGGGCUCCAAUAAAGGCUUCCAUCGUUGUCUCUGGUAAUAACAACAGAAACGGUUCGAACAACGGAAGAAAGACAAAUAACAAACCAAACAAUAAAUCUAAUAACAAUUCCCAAAGAAGAAAAAAACAGCAACAACCUAUCAAGAAACAACAUCAAAGUGACUCUACGACCAAAGAUUCUGAAAAAUCUGAAGAAAGAUCAGAAUUAUCUGGCCAUGAAGAUGAAAACAAAGCACAACAAGAUGAUUCCUCUGACACUCAACUACAGAGACAAAAUAACAAAGCUCAAAGAAGAUUCAAUAAUAACAGACCAAAUUCCCCCCUGGGUCACAACACUAAUAACAACCAAAAUGGCUUCCAAAGAAGAAGAUAUCACAAUAAUAAAAACGAAUUCCAUCCACGUUCUAACCACCGUAAUAGAUUCCAACCACAACAAAUGGCUCAAUUACAAUCCAAAUUCUAUCCUUUCCAACCAGCUAUGAUGGCUGUCAACAACAUUGCAAGACAAUUAGAAUACUACUUAAGUCCUGAAAAUUUAACCAACGAUAACUACUUGAGAUCUAAACUUUCAAAUGAAGGUUACGUCCCACUAUCUCUACUUGCUAAAUUUUACAGAGUCGUCAACAUGUCCUUUGGUGGUGAUGCUAACGUCAUCUUAGCUGCUUUAAGAGAAAUUGUCUUCAAUGAAAACGCCACUGUCGAAGUUUCCAUCGGUACUUUAACCAAAUUGAAGCAAGACGAAGUCAAGGAAACUGAAGAAGAAAAAAAAGUAGAGCAAGAACAAGAACCACAAGAACAAGAUCCAGUUGAAUCACCAUUAGAUAAAUAUUUCAUCCGUAGUAAACAGUGGGAACAAUGGAUUCCUGAAACUGUUGAAACUGAAAUUAGCAUUGAAAACACUUUAAACGGUGACGCAUUAGAUGAAUUCAUGAUUAAGGUUAUCCCAGUCCCACAAAGACCACAACAAACCCAGUCCCCAGACCAAGAACAAGAAAUCGAACAAGAGAAAGUCGAAGAAGAACAAUCCGAAGAAUCUGCUGCCACUGAAGCAACUGAUUAA